AUGAACUUUGAAUUUUUCAAACGGCGUCCCUUCCGGUUCUACAACGCAUUCAGUCUCUGCGACGUAACAGAAAUCAAGAAUAGCCGGUUCCCUCGAAUGCUUACUCCAGCUGUCUAUAACUUCACGUGGAUGUCAUGGUUGAACAUCACCAUCGCUUUGAAUGCUUACUGGACAAUCUGUAUCGCAAGGAACUGCCAUGAAGCAGAGAUAACUGUUAUCCGGAUCCUCGACUUGCUGAGGCGAGCGGCCGUUUCUUGGGAGAUAAAUGGCACCGCACAAAUCUCUUGGAGCGAUCUCUCGCACGAGCUAAGCAUUUCAGUUCAAAUAGUGUCAGAAACUAGUAUGAUAAUCAACGGGUGGUGUAUCACCUGGAUAGCUUUGGCAGUUGCACUCGCAGUUUUACUGCUACGUAUGCUCAACCAAAUUCUGUGUAAACGCGAGUUAGAUACUAUGGUUGUAGAUGCUCGAUUGUCUUCCCCUAUCUGGCAAGAGUUAGAGGCAGAGUUCAAGUUUCUGUGCAGGUCUUCUAGUCUUGUUACCCUAAGCAUAAUCUCUCAACUCUUUGAGGCGGUCUUUCAGAUGUAUACUGCAAAAAAUCUCGUCAAGCUAAACUGGAGAAUUGCCUCAGCCAUUGUCACCCAGCUUCCGGGUGUCUUCAUGACACCAGCGCUUCUGGUCCAAUCAUGGCGAAUCCUGACAGAGCGAUCAGAUGAAUCAAAAUUUCAACAAGUGCCCCUAGCAUUUGAGGAUCAAGCCCUUCCGCAAAUGACUUCCCACAUUUUGGGAUGGGAUACCACAGCAUUUUGGGAUAAUGAGACCGAAUUGGAAACUGUCAACUUCCCUGGUCUUUGCGAAGCACAAUCAAUAGAUUCACAGAAAACAGAAGAUAAUGCUAGCGUUCACAAGCAGGCAACUCGGCGCAAGCCUACCGAUGAUAUAAGUGUUCCUGGAGAUAAAGGAAGAUGUGCUUAUGCCCCAUUUGAUCAAACAUUGCAUGAUUGGUUGGGCACCAGCCUCAACCUUGAGGCGUCCUAUAUCCAGAUUUCAAAGCACAAGAUCAGUGUCCCCGGUUCCAAAGAAGGAGCCCCAGUGGCACUAGAUGGCUGCCACUUUGUAGUUACACAUGGUCAGGUCCGGCUUGGGACUUAG